GCUACAGAUAACCUGUCGUGAUGAAACAGAUCAUUGCUGUUUGUUUUGUCCUGGCAAUCGUUGCUUCAGGGGUAUAUACCCUUACUGGUACUGUUUGCAGCCGAACAGCCACCCGUGUUCAUGUGUCGAGAUACUGCAAGUUUUGGUUUUUAGGGUGUUGGUCUUGGGGCACCCAUAGAUACUGGUCAUACUCCCGUGUAGAGUACUGCUGUAGGGGAUACAGGUCUAACCGUGGACGUUGUGAUCCACAUUGUCCUCGAGGGUGUGGAGGAGUGGGCACGUGUGUUGCCCCCUCUGUAUGUAACUGUGGUCAAACUCACACAGGCCAACACUGCGGUAAACGUGUCAACUGA